AUGUCAAGUCUAUCUGCAGACUGUCUCUCGAUAAUCUUCAUGAAUUUUCACAAUGACUUAAAGACACUUUAUUAUUGCCUUUUGGUUAACUCUUUAUGGUGUGCCACUGUUAUUCCGAUAUUGUGGUCAAAUCCUUGGAAAUAUCAAUUUGAAUUACUUCCAAAUGGUUCUUUAUCAACUGAUCAUAAACGGUUCAUUAAAGUAGAAAGGCAAUCUUUAUUACUUUUGAUGACACUCUCGGCUUAUUUAACUAAUGAUACUAUCAGAUUUUUACGUAAUUAUGGUAUCCGUAUCAAUUUUGGACCACCUCUUUUCAAUUAUCUAAAGUAUUGUCGGACCUUGAACACUUAUGACAUUGAUUAUAUGUUAAUAAAGGCACAACGAAAUUUGGAUUGCUUUUACACCGAUGAUACAAGAGAUUUUUUAGGACUGGAAAUUUAUAGAUUAUUAUUUCGACAAAGUUCUAUAAUAACUUGCAUGAAAAUUUCGCAUCCGAUAUCACCUCUAUAUUCAAAAAUUUGGCAUUUUCCCGGUGCAGUAUCUUACUUUUCAAAUUUAAAGGAAUUGACAUGCUACGAACCGUAUACGAUCGAGUUAAAUCUACUUAAUUAUAUUGCAGAAUAUUCGUCUAAUAUUAAGAAAUUAUCUGUUAAUAGUAAGAUAUAUAUACAUCACGAUGAAGGAUUGAUAGAACUUAUCCAGAAACAAAACAAUCUUACUUCUUUAAGUCUAACAAAUAUCUCUCAUGAAUUAUGGGCAAAAGUUGCUAAUGCUUUUACGUCUAACCAUGCAACCUCUUUAACUCAUCUUUAUUUGAAAUCUUUUGAUACAUGUCUUCCAGCAUUGGGGAUUCAUGAAUUACGUAAUUUACGGUCUUUAAUUAUUACAAGCCAUGAGAUCGAUUGGUCUGAUAUCUCAAAUGCAUAUUUUCCGUUUCUGGAAAUUUUAGAAUUUGGAAAAUAUUUUCCAUCCAUGAAAAUCUUGGCAUCAAUAAUUUCCCGAACAAAUAACAUGCUUAAAAGGAUUUACUUAA